AUGUCUGGAUCUCAAGCGGGCUCGCAGCUCAACAUUGAUCGCUACGUCGUGAUCCACGUCGCCACCACCUGCGACGAGCACGGUGUCUAUGUCACCAAGGAUUCCGCUGAAGUCAUUGAGCUUGGAUGGAUUUUGCUCGAUGCUAAGUCCCUAGAGGAAAUCGUCCGUGAUAGUGCCCUCGUCAAACCCAUCAAUACUCCUAUCACGCCUCUCUGCACGAGCCUCACAACCUUGACUUGGGAACAUGUUAGGAACGCUGGCACCUUUAGGGAUGCUGUCAACCGUUUUGAUGCGUUUGCCAAUGAGCACUUGACCUCGCAGAACCUUGACUUUGUCUUCGUCACUCUCGAUGCUUGGGACCUUCGGGUUCAGCUGCCCCGCGAGGCCCGCGACAAGGCUGUGGUCCUGCCGCCUUACCUUCAGCACUCGCGGACCUUUGAUCUCCGUACUGAGUACCAGCGAUGGCAGCAGCACCACCCCGAGUCGCUACCCUUCGGCCCCUCGAUGCUCUCCAACAUCUGCGCUGCUCUCGAGGUGGAGCCUGUCCAGUCGAGCGCCCCCAUCAAGCACAACCUGCCAUUCCACCUUCAGGCUUUGGCGCCUGCUUCUCCCCGUCGUGCCAUGGAGGAGGCUGUCACUCUUGCCCGGGUUCUUCGUGGCCUGAUCCGCAAGUCUCAGCCUGCUCAUGAGCACCCCGACGUCCUGACACGUCCCAUGGACGCUCGUGCUGAUGUUAGAGCCUUCUUGUCCGAGCGUAGCAAGGUCCUCCACAUGUCAGGCCUCCCCCACGACACUACCCAGUCGGAGCUUGAGAGCUGGUUCACCCAGUUCGGUGGACGUCCCAUCGCCUUCUGGACUCUGCGCACUCCCGAGCAGCACAAGCCCACUGGCAGCGGCUUUGCUGUCUUUUCCUCCCACGAAGAGGCUGCUGAGAGCCUCUGCAUGAACGGUCGCGCUCUUAACGAGAAGGCUAUCGAAGUGUCGCCCUCCUCGAGUCGUGUUUUGGACCGCGCUGCUGAGAUUCUUACGCCCUUCCCUCCCAGCAAGAACCGCCCCCGUCCCGGUGACUGGACCUGCCCCUCGUGCGGAUUUUCCAACUUCCAGAGGCGCACAGCUUGCUUCCGAUGCUCCUUCCCGGCCGUGAACGCCGGCCCUUCGGGCGAGAUCGGAUACGGCGGCGGCGGCGGCGGUGGCGGUGGCGGCUACAGCGGCUAUGGGCCCCCUCAGAUGAUGCCCCCUCCUCAGCACCACCACGGUCACAUGGGACACGGUGGUGGUCGUAUGGGCGGCAGCGGUGUUGUUCCUUUCCGCGCCGGCGAUUGGAAGUGCGGUAAUGAAGUCUGUGGUUACCACAACUUUGCUAAGAAUGUCUGCUGCCUCCGUUGCGGUGCCAGCCGUGCUGGCGCCGCCGUUGUUGCCGACUCUGGUGGCUACCCGUCUCCCAUGGAUCCCCCUUCCAAUUAUAACAUGAACCAGGGCUCAAUGGGCGGCAAUACUGGUCCAGGCCCCUUCGCGUCCGGUGGUGGCAACUUCGGCUCCGGUGGUGGCUAUGCUGGCGGUCAGCAUUUCGGUGGCCCCCCCAGCACCUACGCGCUUCCCUCGGGCCUCGGCGGUGGCGGUGCCGCAGCGUACCCCUCGUCCUUGAACACGCACUUCGGUCCGGCCCCGGGCGCACACUCGGCCGGCCCUUUUGACAGCCGCGCUGCGGAGGCGGCCUUCCAGUCUGCCUCCAACGGACCCGCGUCUGCUGGUCCGUCGAACAACUUCUACUCGCAGAACGAGAACGACCCUUUCGCCUUCCUUUCUAGCGGCAUCGGAGGCCUCUCUGUGACCGGCGGAGAUGCUCGCCAGAAUGGUGGCUCCGCGCCUCAGAACAAGUCCCCUGCCUAA